AUGUGUGCUAAGAAAUAUAUUUUUGCUGUUUUUAUUUUGUUGGUGGUGAAUGCAAUUCUUGCGAUGCACAUCACUGAAGAUAAUAUAAAAGGUUCUAAACAAGUGUCUUAUGAAGAAGAAAACUCACUACAAGAUGGUAAUACAUUUGGAUAUAAGAGAAGUCAGUAUGAACCAUCUAACAGAGUCAGGAGACAAAUUUCACCAUCACCAGAUUCUAAAAUGUUGAUCGGCACCUUCCAAGCUAUCAUGCGACCUCUCACUGCUGAUGGAAACAUAUUGGAUAGUUACAAGGUUGAUACACAAAAUACUACUGACCCCGCCGAAUAA